AGGAGCCCAGCCUCUUCGGGGACCGAGUGGUCGCUGCACCUGCCCGCGGAAGCCUUAGAGGAUGGGGAGGAGGUUGGGGAGACCCAUCUCUAUUGGCUAGAUCCAUAAUUAAUUAUUUGUAUGAUAUGUAACUUCAUAGUAUUUUCAAAUCUCUUCAUGCAGAUGCCAUUAUGACAACGCUUAUAUUAUAUUCUACUCCCAAAGAAGCAGAGUCAGAGUUCAGGUCAAAUAUGGUCAAAACCAUUGGAACGUUCCACAAAAACACGUCCGAAAGGCGGAAGGCAAAGGAGCAAAGCUGAAGAGUCCUUCACCUGAAGUGAGACCUUCACCUGAAAUGGUUCAGAACAUCUGGAUGUGGAGGAAGCGCCCAAGAUCGGGAUGCGCCAACCGAUCAGUGAUGUGAGAAUUGGGAUGUGGAAGCAGGGUCGAAUGGACGGGCAUCCCUACCCGGUCGACCCCUUGUCCUUACUCAUCGGCUUAAACCCAAUUGUGUUGGAAAGUGUCAAGACUUCGCAACACUUUGACAAGCAGAGCUCUGCCAUGAUCCUGUUGGCGCGAUUGGAAUGUCAUUCUGCACCACUGGAGGGGGUCGUACUUGCAGAUCCAUCAGAUCAGGUCUUUGCAACCUGCCCGACACUGUUGCCUCAUGUUCGCAAGAUAAUUCAUACAAUGAAAUACAUCAAAAGGGUGCAGAACCAACCAGAGCUCCAAAGAUUUAUAUACACCUGCACUAUCCUGCACUCAUUGUUUCGGGGCCCAUACUGGGGACUUGUUAGAGGGCUUUCAUUGGUGCCCCGGGCUUUCAUGGACAUUUGGGGAAUCAGGUAAACCGGGAAGAGGAGGAAGCUGAUUUAGGUCACUCCGUUCCAAUCCGAGAACCCAGGCAACAGAAGUAUCAGUUGUGAAGUGAAGGACAUGGAUAUUCUUGGCUCAAGAGCUUGGCUCUGAUCAAAAAGACCUCAAUGCAGAGGAGGUGAUGGAGGAGCCUGAUGUCCUAGAUGCCGAAAAGUCAGAAGCAGUGCAGAAGUUGAAGAAGCCCAAUGGUGCUGCGCCAGUAGAAGCUGAGGCCAGUGAUGAUGAGGAUGCUGAGGCGGCUGAAGCCACAGCAAGCAAAAAGAAGAAAAAGAAAAAGAAAAAGGGAAAUAAAGAAAAGGACGCUGCGGAAGAGGUGAAUGAGCCCGAAGCAGCCCCCAAACCAGAGGAUGAGACGGCUCCUCCUGAUGGAGAGGAUGAAGAAGAGGACGGUGCCGACGGGGCUCAGGAAGAGGGUGCGGCGAAGAAGAAGAAAAAGCGACGAGGAGGAGGAAAGAAGAAGGUAGGCACCAGCGGUUUAGAUGGCAUCGCCACCUAUGGAGUCUCAGACGAAGACUUUGCUGCGUGGUGUCAGAAGUCGCUGGAGGCCCUAAUGAACGACUCUCAAAAGAUGUCGGAGCAGGAGCUGAAAAGGCCUCCGAAGGAGUUCUGGGGCUAUCAGUUUUCCGGCGCUUUGCGUCCCGCCUUUGUCACCAAGCAGUUGAAGAUGCCCGAGGGCAUCCUGCUGCCGGACUACGCGCUGCAGCCGGAUGGCUCCAGCCUGUCGGAGCGGCAGGGCGUCCGUGAGGUGCCCGUCUUGGAGGGCGAAGAGCUGGAGACCAUGCGCAUGGCCUGUAAGCUGGGACGUGAGGUCCUGGACAUCGCCGCUCGCUUCAUGCGCCCGGGUGUCACUGGAGAUGAGAUUGAUCGAGUCGUCUACCAGGCGUGUGUGGACCGGAAGAUCUAUCCGAGCCCGUUGAACUACUUUCGCUUCCCUAAGACCGUGUGCGUCUCGGCCAAUGAGGUGAUCUGUCAUGGGAUCCCGGAUUGCAGACCCAUCGAAGAGGGGGACAUUGUGAACCUUGAUGUGAGCAUCUACUACCAGGGCUUUCACUCGGAUCUCAAUGAGACCUUCUUCAUCGGCGAGUGUGACGAAGACUCCCAACGCUUGGUCCGCACGGCCUACAGUUCGCUCUUGGCGGCUUCCCAACUGAUCCGCCCCGGGACCUUUUACAGAGACCUGGGCAAUGCCAUCAACGCGGAGGCCAACAAGAACAACUGCGCGGUGGUGACCACCUACUGUGGCCAUGGAGUUGGCAAGCUCUUCCAUGGUCCGCCAAAGGUCCCACAUUAUCGGAAGAACAAGGCGGUUGGCAUCAUGAAGCCUGGCCAUGUCUUCACCGUGGAACCUAUGAUUAAUCUGGGCAACAACGGUGGAGACCGCACAUGGCCUGAUAACUGGACAGCUGUGACGCGUGAUGGAAAGCGAUCAGCUCAAUUCGAGCAUACCUUCCUGGUCACAGAGACAGGGCUGGAGGUCCUGACUGCGCGGCUUGGAACUGACCCUAGCUGCAUGCCAGCCUACAAUCCAGCUAUGUUUCAAAGAUGAGAUGCGCUGUCCAAAUUUUGAAAAAAAGAAAGCUAGGGGUGGGAGCGCUCCAAAGCGAGGUCCAGGAACCCUUUAUCCUCUUAGAUAGAAAAUGAGAUUUGUGGGAUUUCCAUGUGAAGAUCUGUAGUUUUAAAACCAGUCGUUGGGAUGCCCUGGGCCACAUGUUUUCUGGGUUUUUCUUCGGAUUGCUGCAGUACUUCCAUGGAGCUUACGAUCUUAGUUACUUAGUUUCAGCAUGGCAAGGGCACUCCCCCUCCAACUACAAUAGACCGAGGUGUUUCGUGAAAAAGCCCCUGCCUGAUGAGGCUCUUAAUACAAAGUGUUUUUGACGGCAAAUUUCCAGCUGCAGACCGCUAAUUAGUCUCUCUAUAUAUAUAUAUAUACAUAGUUUAUUCAUUGUAGAAUGGUAUUUUUGUAACCAUGUGCAACCAAUAUAUAUAUAUAUACUGUUGUAUGAUUACAUGCUAGGACCAACAAGCAACAGAGGUAACAGGGAGGAUAGUCCACGAAGUGCCUGGAAAUCGCACAGCAGAUGCACACGGGUCCCAGAAAAGAGCGAUCGGAAGGAAUCCAUUGUGCCAUCGAACCUAUGGUGACGAGAUGAAACCUGGCGACCAACUUCCACACAAUCAAAUUAAGAUAUGGUCAUGGUUGUGUUCUGUAUCUUGUAUGAUCUUGCAUCAAGUAAAACAUCGAUGUUGGAAUCUUGGAUGACUUUAAACAAAUACAUAUAUAUAUAUAUAUUCAUAAUAUGAAUCGUGCAAUUCCAGCCCCUUCCCGUUGGCGACAUCGCAGUUUUCAGCCCCUUCCGUUGGCGACAUCGAGAGGCGACAUGAAGUUCUUCCUCCGCGGCCCUGAACCUGCGGG